UGAGAGCAGUUCCCGAUCGCGUCGUUCGUUGGUUUUUCAAUGAUCGUUCAGUAGGUUUCGAAUAAACGAUACGAUAGUGAUAUUUCUCAAAACAGACAGCAGGUUAAACUGAGUUUUCCGACGACGACGAUUUUGUUUUAUUUUUGUAAACAGUUGCCGAACGGAAUAUGAGGUGUUUGUGGGCAUAAAUCAAGAUUUUACACUGAAGAAUGGCAACAUCGAAAGCGUCUGCAAAAGAAAUACACUAGAACACAAUACACGAAAAUCUCUUCAACACACACAAUUAGCACAUGAAUACAUAGGACAAAAAGGAUUUUCCAUUAGCAAUGAUUUUCACUCUUCGCCGUCCUGUAGGAGGAGAGAUACUUGUGGCUUGGCAGAAAUAUACCGCUAUUGACGAUGACGAAUUGACCCUUAAAGCAGGAGAUGUUGUUGAACUCAUCGAUACCAAUGAUCCUCAAGCAGCAAAGAGACUCAAAUUAGAUCCAGAAUUAGAAGUAGGAGCAACCGAUACCUUAGAUACAUCUUCUGCUCGACAUAAACUCUCGGUAAGACCAAGAAGAAAACAUACAAGUUCCAGAUAUUCUCCAACAAGACUGAAUGUAAACGCUAGGUGGUUGGUGAGAGAAGUCAGUGGUAACAGAAGGGAAGGAUGGGUACCAUGCCAAAUACUUCAAACGAUAGAUGAUCCGGUCCCAGGAACUGGUCUGCCUGGUGAUGCUGCUUUCAGAAGACAAGCUGUUGUGAAGGAACUCGUUGAAACCGAACAGGAGUUUGUUAGAGAUUUGGAUUUUGUUGUACAUAACUAUCUCUUUAGAAGUGAAUCUAAAAAAGUACCAAAAAUAGUAAGAGACAAUUUCGAAGUAAUAUUCGGCAAUUUGAAAGAAAUUGCUGAAUUUCAUAGAACAGUCCUAAUGGAGGGAGUGAAAUACUAUGAAAAUGAACCACAUUUAUUGGGAAAAGCCUACUUGAGACUGGAGAGGGACUUUGAUAAACAUGUGAACUACUGUAGAGAUGAACCACAAGCACAAAUAUUUCUAGAAAAUUGCACGGAAGCUAGGGAAUAUUUUGAGGGUCUCUCGCAACGACUAGGCGACGAUAAAUCGCUAUCCGAACAUUUGAAACUUCCGAUUCAACGCAUAAACGACUACCAACUGCUUCUCAAGGAGUUGGUAAGAUAUAGUGCAUGUCUACAAGAGGACAACACUAAUCUCCAGAAAGCUUUAGAGUUGAUGCUCAGUAUCCCCAGUAGAGCCGAAGACGAUAAAUUUACCUCUAGCAUCGAAGGAUACCGCGGAAGUAUAUAUAAAUUAGGCCGCCUUUUGGGCCACGACUGGUUUUCGAUCACCGUCGGUGACUUAGUGAAGGAGAGAUAUUUAUUUUUGUUCAAAGGACGAAUACUCAUCUGUAAAGUAAGGAGAAUUUCUGAUGACCGAUCAGUUUUUCAACUGAAAGACGUCAUAAAGUUACAACAAGUGGAAGUGAAAGACCAUCCCGAAGAAGAUUACGUUUUUGAAUUAGUCGAUAGGGCAACUAAAAAUUCCCUCAUUCUAACCACUCAUAGAGAAGGAGUCAAAGAAAAUUGGCUCAAAGAAAUAAGAGAAUUCUCUAAGGAACACGGAACAGAAGAAGAAAGUGGUGAUAUAAGUCCAGACGAAUUUCGACUAUCGUCUCCUACAACUGAGUCCACACUCACACCAGAACUUUCUAAAACACCGUCGGGGAUAUCCACAGCUGCAGAAGUCAAAAAAGAAGUAAAAAAACACGUAUCUGUUGUCGAAACCCCAAAAGAAGAACCUAGAAAAGUUCCUCCAACAGAAGAACCAAUUCCUAGUGUAGUAACAUCGAAAGAAGUUAAAAAAGCUCCUUCAAAGGAAGAACCAAUAUCUAUUAACGUAGCACCCGUAGAAGAACCUAGAAGAGUUCCACCAAAAGAAGAACCAUCUGAACCAAUCAAGAAAAAAGUUACACCAGAGUUGAAACUUAAUGCUGAAGCUGCGCGAACUAAGACAGAGAAACAGAUAGUUAAAGAAGAAUCUGCCCAACAAUUUACUCAUUCAAAGGAAGUGCAUUCAGAAGUUAGACAAGCAAAAUUCGAAACUUCAUCUGAAAAAAAAUAUUCCGAGAAAAAAACUUUAAGUGUUUCAAAUACAGCACAAUCAAAGGAAAGUGACAAGAAGCAAAUUGUUUCUGUGAGAAAAUCGACAGAAUCAGACAAAAAAGAGUGUAGAUUUGAAGAAGCGACCUCAGAAAAGUUUAUUUCAGGAAAAAGGAGUGUUGGAGAAGAACAAUUAAACGAAGAGUGCUCCAAGCAAGAUAUAAAGAAGAGAAAAAGCAACCACCAAAAGCAACCUGAGCAACGAAAUAGAGAAAAAGAAAAAUCACCAGAACACCCUCAAAGUCCUUAUCCACCUCACGGAGAUUAUCUCAGGCGAAUUGAAGAGAUCGAGCCGCUGAUCGAAAUCAACAAACCUAGAUUUGUGGAGGAAGUGAUACCUCAUAACCUACCGCUUUAUCGAGCGCCAUCCGGAAGUGCUUUGUCAAAACUUUGCAGUGUUCAACCAGUGCACGCCAGUGAUCACGUUAUUGCCGAUUACAGUGUUGGUGUCGAAGUGAAUGUUGAAAUUGACGACGAGAUGAGUAGAAGAUAUACCUCGAGCUCAAGCUCCAGAGCAGAAGCUCUAGAAUCGUCAUACAGUAGUAGACGCUCAUUAACAGCAGAUGGAUUAUCCUCAAGAUAUAGCUCCGAUUUGUCUAGUAGCAAAUAUGGAACAGCUACAGAUUCAUCUUUCACCGGAGGAUCCAAGUAUGAAGAUAUUUCCAAUAAAUACUCGUCGAGAUCUAAACUAGAGGGAGAUGAAGACAGUUCCAUCUCCAGAUACAAAAGGAGAUCCUUGGCCACUGGUGAUGAGGAUUACGGUUUUUCUAGAAGAUCAAUUAAGUCUAAGUCUGCCUUGGAUAAGGGUGAUGAGGACAGUUACAGUUAUUCAAGAAAGAUCAAGAGCUACGGUGAUUCAGAAGGUGAUGGAAACAGUUACUCUUACAGCAGAAAGAGCGUCAUAGCAGAAUCGACCGUUGGUGUUAGCGAUGGAAAUUCUUACUUGAAGAAGAGAAUUGUGACAGCUGCCGAGGCGGUCGACGACGGAGACUCGAUUUCUAUGAGGAAAGCAACCAGAACGUUCGUCGAGGGAGACAAUUUAGAAUUGUCUGCAGGGAGAUCUAGACGUGAAAAACUCCUUUCUAUCGACAACCAAAAUGAGGAUGAUUACGUCAGCAAAUAUACAAGACGAUCAACAUCUUUAAGAGACGACGAUGAAGAUGUGUAUUCGAAAUACUCAAAGAAAUACUCUAGAACAGACUCUGUGGACCGAAAGUCAGAUAUAGAGGAUGACAUUCACUCGAAAUACUCUAGCAAGUAUUCUAGGAGUACUUCGCGACAUAAGGAGGAGGAGGAUUUGGGCGAUAGAUAUUCAGACAACAGAAAAAUUGAGGGGGAAGACUCCUACUCAAAAUACAGCAGCAAGUAUUCGAGGAGUAAUUCAAGACAAAACGAUUACGCAAGAAAGGAAGACGACGGGGAAGACGUUUAUGCUAAGUAUGCUAGGAAAUAUUCUAGGAGCGACUCGAAGCGCAAAGACGAAGAGUUAGAUUACUCGAGAAAGUAUUCACGAACGAAUUCAAGAGAUGAAGAGGGCACGGAGAAAAGAUAUUUCAGGCAAUCAUCUAGGACAGAAAAUAUGGAAAAUAAAGAUGAAGACGACGCCUACAGUAGGUACAAGAAAAAAUAUUUGAGGAGUGAAUCAACGGAAAGUAACACAAACUACAAACGUCAAAUAAGUAGCAGCUCAGAUAAAAAUGAUGAUGAAAUAAAAACGGAGAGCAAGACUCAAAUCAAUGAAAUAACCAGUGGCUCAAAAACACAAAUAAUCAAAGAUGUUGAAAUCAAAGAAGAAAUCAACACUCAGCAGAUGAAAAUGGAAUCAGAAUCGGUAUCUGAGAAAGUUUUAGUUCAAGAGUCCGUUAAAAUUGCGGAAUCAUCAAGCGAAACCAAACAAAUAUAUGAGGCGGAUUCUAUUUGCUUGACCAUGAAGACUACUAGGGAAGAAGAAGGAAAAACCGCGUCGGAAAAGCUAGAAGAGGUGGACGAAGGAAAACCUAGAUUCGUCAAGACAAUGCGAGGAGCUAAUAUUGAGCCCAACGAGACAGCUCACUUUGAAGUUGCUCUGAACAAAAUGCCAGUAAGUUUCACUUGGUACAAAGACAACAAACCCAUAAACGGCAAAGACAAGAUGUCAGGGCGUAUCCAGUUCACAUCGUGCGAAGAAACCCAUGAAUAUAAAUUGAUAAUCAAGCAAGUCAAGCAAGAAGAUUCCGGAUUGUACACGGCCAUUGCCACAAAUGAAACGAGCAGCGCAUCUUGUUCUGCGCAGUUAAUAGUUCAUGAAUUAACACCGGAGGAAAGAGCUGAUAGAAUGAAGAAUGACCAUCCAGAGUUUCUUGUAGCUCUGAAGGAUACAGAGCUUUUGGAAAAUACUUAUCUGAGAUUUAUGGUGAAAGUUGCUGGUGAACCAAAUCCCGAAAUAUCAUUCUUCAAAGAUGGCCACAAAAUUUUGGAUAAUACAGAACCCUAUCAAAUUAUACGAGAACAUUCAGAUGUAGGGUUUUACGAACUAGUCAUACCUGAAGUCAAACAGAAAGAUGCUGGGUCUUAUAAAUGCGUUGCAACCAACAAGUAUGGUGAAGCAUCCUGCGAAGCAACAGUGGUAGUAACAGAAGACAAACAAGUCUUCGAUGAUAUGCCUGAAGGAGAGACACUUCCUCCUGGAGAAAAGCCAACGUUUUUAUGGAAGAAAGAUGGAGAACCAUUCGAACCAGAGGAACGUUUCAAGGUCCUCAUGGGUGAUGACGAGGAUUCACUUGCCCUUGUGUUCCAACAUGUUAGACCAGAGGAUGUUGGACUUUAUACAUGCGUUGCCCAAACAUCUCGAGGUCAUAUAAGUUGUAGUGCGGAGUUAACAGUACAUGGUACAAUCAAUCAAAUAUUCAGGGAGCCAGAAAAGCCAAAACUUGUUAUCGAGAGAAGAGACCCUAUAGUAACAGCUGGAGGUUCAGCUAUGCUAGAGCUACAGGUGAAAGGUUACCCUAAGCCAGUUGUCAAAUUCACUCACAACAAUGAGAUAAUCGAAGCAGGUUCAAAAUAUAAGAUACUUCACGAUGAUGAUGAAAAUAUUUCUUUGGUAAUCAAAGAUGUUCAAUCUGAAGAUGCUGGUAAAUACACAAUAAUAGCUGAAAAUGAGCUUGGUAGUGAUACUGGAGAGAUGACGCUCACUGUGAAAGCUCCUCCAAAAAUCACAAAGAAAAUUGAAAACACAUCAGUUCAUGCUGAUGAAGUACUAAAAUUAACCAUGACGAUUGAAGGUGUACCAAAACCAACUGUAAAGUACUUGAAGAAUGGAAAGGAGAUAAAGAAGAGUGAAAGGGUUAAAUUCGUUGAGGAAGGAGACAAAUACUCAUUGGUUAUCCAGAAAACAUCAAUCAAAGAUACAGGUUCAUAUUCGGUUGUGGCUUUGAACGAAAUGGCACAGGUGUCUGAAUUUUGGGAGUUGGAUGUCUACAGCAAGCCUAAAAUAAUUCAGGGAUUACAGAAGAACAAGGUUGUAGCUCAGGGAGAGGAUGUCGAAUUCGUCAUCAAACUAGAAUCUAAACCUAAAGCAGAAGUUAAAUGGUUCAAGGACGAUGUAGAAAUAAAAUCAGAUUCUCACUAUACCAUAAGAGAAGAGGGGGAUUCUUAUAUUUUAAAGAUUUCUGGAGCAGUUACCACAGAUGCAGCUAAUUACAAGUUUAAGGCAGUGAAUAUUCAUGGCACAGUGGACGAUGAAGUCAGGGUUGACGUCAAAAAAGUCCCGAAAAUUACGAAACCUCUUCAUAAUAUGACCGUAACUGAGGGUGAUUGUGACGUCACAUUCGACGUGAAACUAGAAGCUUUCCCCAAACCCAAAGUCAAAUGGUAUUUGGAUGAGAUGGAAAUAACCGAAACAAAGUCCGAAUUCACUAGCAUUGAGUAUGAUGAUGGUGUGAAGCUAGUGAUAAAGGAAGUUUCGAGUUCCCUAUCUGGAAAAUAUACAUGCAAAUUGAGCAAUGAAUGUGGUGAGGCUGAAACAAGUGCCAAAUUAACUGUGAAUUGUGCUCCACGCAUUAUCAAGCAUCUCAAAGAUACCACAGUUGAGGAGGGAGCCACCCUUCACCUAGAACUGGAGGUAGAAGCAUGUCCAACACCUCAGAUCAAAUGGCUCAGAAACGGUAGGGAAGUUAACGCAGAUGCCAGAAUAAAAAUUACUAGAGAUUCCAAACGAAACGAAACUUAUAACCUAGAUGUCAGUCUCAUAAAAUAUGAAGAACAAGGAGAAUACGAAGUGUAUGUAACGAAUGAACUGGGUACUGUCAGUAGUAAGAGCCAUGUUACAGUUCACAAAGUAACACAUACAGACGCCGUGGAAGAAACAGGGGAAGAACCGAAAAAAAUGAAGAUCGAGAUUGUAGAAGACGACUCACAAAAUGUCCAAAUAGAAGAAGUCAGCGAUGAAGAGGAGAAAGGUCCAGUUGAUAAAAACCACAUGACCAUGAAGGAAACUCUAACAGUAACUCUCAAACCCUUCAUUGAGGAACCCUCCACCCCUUUGAUUGAGUCACCAGGCUCAGUCCAUGCUGAAUCUGCUGAAUACAAUAUAAGAUAUGAUGAAAGUAUCAAACCAGCAGAAGAAACAUUCACCCUUCCCAAAAAAUCUCGACGAACUUCAUCAGUAACAAUAGAAGAAAUAGAUGUAGUGGAAAAUAUAAUAAUAGAGGAAGAAAACGUUGAAGAUGUAGAACUGCCAAAGUCAACAAAUGCCUUGUCUAGUAAGAGAGAGGAAAUUUUGGAGGAAAAACUGAUAGAGACAAAUUCAGGUGUUAAACUUGAAGAAAGUAUUUCUGAUGAACAUAAGACAAAAAUUGGUAGGAGCCUAUCUGCUCCGGUAGAAAAAGUUGAAAUGAAAGAGUUUGUAGAUGUUCCACAAACAUCCGAUGUAAAUUCUCAAGAACCUAAACCUCUGAAAUCAAGGAGUGGAAGAAAGGAAAGUUUGAAACUUACGAUACAAAAAAUUCCAGAGGUUGAAAUUGCUGAACCUACACCAGUGAGCGCAGGUACUCCAUCCAAAGCAUUAAGCGGGACAAAAGAAUUCAUUGAGAUGCAUAAUCAUGCAAAUGAAGAACCAGGUACUCCUACCCCUGAACCUACUUCUUUAUCCAGAAAAGCUUCUCUUUCGGUGGACAACACUAUUGCCAAAGGCGAAAUUAAUGAUAAACCUCAAAGUAGAGAAAGAGAAGAUGAAGAGAUAAUCACAAAAAAUGUGGAGGAUGACCACGAAGGAAGGAAACUAGAAGAAGUUGCCCCAAGUGUUCUUACAACCAACAUGAAAGAUGGUUCUCGUCCAGAAUCUUUAGGUAUCACCUACAUCGUUCGUGGUUUCGCCAACCCUCCGCCCACAGCAAAAUGGUUGCAUGACGAUAAGGAAAUAACGCCUGAAUCUCACCUUCGGAUGAAAGUGAGCCAGGAGGGAGAAGAAUUCAAAUUGGAAAUAAAGAAAUUGAAGAUGGAAGAUGCUGGCACUUACUCCUGUAUACUUUCUAAUCCCUUAGGACAGGCUGUACAGAAAGCUGUAUUAGAUGUAACGCCUGAGAAGGAACUGAGAAGACCAAAGAUAAGCCAAGGAUUAAUUGAUCAAACGAUAGUCAAGAAACAUUCUGUUAUCCAUAAGAUUGUUGUUAUUGCUGAUCCUAUUCCCGAUAUAACAUGGUACUUCAACGACGAACAAAUGACCAUUGAUGACUACGAAAAGAACAAAAUAAUUCUGGAGACUGAAGACCACGAAAUUCAAGAUGGAUUGAAAGAAUGUACUUUUUCGUUGACCAUUCCAAGAUGUGAGAGAUUCAACCAAGGAAAUUACAGAGUCAAGGCCAAGAACGUAUGGUCCGAGGCAGAAAGCAGCGCAGAACUUACAAUAAUCCUGCGCCCGGAAAUCGAGGGUCCAGAGGACGUUUCCGUGGUACCUGGAGAAGCAACACAAUUCAAGAUUAUCGUACAGUCCAAUCCAGUUCCAGAGGUAACAUGGUCGAAGGACGAUCAUAUUAUAGAGGCUGAUGAUCAUGUUGAGAUCGUCGAAGAUGUCGCCAAUGAAACGUACAAGUUGAUCUUCAAGAAAGUACUCCUUUCUGAUGGUGGAUACUACAAGGUAACAGCCAAAAACGAACUAGGAGAGACCACGAGUGAGGCUAGAUUGAAGACAAUAAAAGACACUGAACCGUCGACUGAAAAACCGAAAUUCAUCACUGGAUUGCUAGAAGAUAAUGUGGAAGAUGGAGGAGAAGCUGAUCUGAUGGUGCGUGCUGAUGGCUUGCCAAAGCCAGAAAUAAAGUGGUUUUUCAAUGCUAAGCCUUUGAUUGAGGAUGAAAAUCAUAAGGUAGAAACACAUACCGAAAUGCAAGUUACCAGUUGUCUCCACAUAAAGAACUACAACAAAGAUGACGUUGGAUUCUAUAAAGCAAUGGCAGUGAACUGCGUUGGAGAAGUGGAAAGUAUAGCCAAAAUCGCAAUGAUACAAACGCCUCCAAACUUCCACAUCAAAUUAGAUCGUACUCAUGAAAUUAGCGAAGGACAAAAUCUCGAGUUGAAAGCUAAAGUAUCUGGUAGUCCAAAACCAACGGCUAUAUGGUAUAAAAAUGGCGAACCAAUCACUGAUGAACGAAUUAAAACUGUCCUUCUUCCGGAUGGCACUGCAAAACUGACCAUCGACAAUGUUACUCCUGAGGAUAGUGGAGCUUAUAAGUUGGUGAUUAAAAAUCAGAACGGAGACACAUCUUGCUUAUGUGCAGUGGCUGUUCAACCAAACCCUAAGAGACCCAAAUUCAAGAAGGUAUUCAAAGAUACCGACCUAGCUACAGGUGAAACCUUACGUCUGGAAGCACAGGUUAUAGCCUAUCCACCACCCGAGAUCAAAUGGAUGAAGGACGGUUUACCCAUCAGAGCAUCUGCAGAUGUCCUCAUUGAGAAGCAUCCCGACGGAAGAACAGUUUUGGUAAUCGAAUGUGCCAAGCCGGAAAAUGCGGGAACCUAUCAAGUCCUAGUUUCCAACAGACUUGGCGAAUCUGCAGUUGAAGGAAAGGUGACGGUCGAACGAAGACCUGUGAAACCGGAAUUCUCGAAGAGACUACAGCCCCAAACAGUGGUCGAAGGUUUUCCUGUGAAAUUUGAAGUGAAGGCCGAUGGUUACCCAGAGCCGAAAAUAUCAUGGUUUAGAAAUGGCGCUGAAGUGGUCUCUGAUACCAAGCAUAUAAAAAUCACCGAUCAUCCCGAAGGCGUGAGCAUUUUGCUUCUUGAUGCGGCCGAUCAAGCGAGAGACGCCCUGACGUAUAGGGCGAUUGCAAUCAACGAAGCUGGAGAGGCUGAGACUUCUGCAGUUCUGACAGUCAAACCGGCCACGAGGAGUGGAGAACCCGAAGAAAGACCCAUGUUUUUACACGCAUUAAGAGAUGUCUUAACCGAUGAAGAUCUGCCGCUUGUUCUCGAAGCAGGAUUCACUGGUAAUCCAAUCCCAAGUGUAGAAUGGAUGAAGGAUAACGUACCAUUGGUGCCAACCGACAGAAUAUUGAUGACUUGCGAUGGCAGGAAGGUUGGCCUCAAAAUUGACCAAGCCCAACCAUCUGAUUCCGGAAUAUACAAAGUGAAACUAAUAAAUCCGUUAGGAAACGAUACCACGGAAGGAAAGGCCACAGUGAGAAAAAUUUACCAACCACCAAGCUUCACUCAAAGAUUUGGAGAUUUACAGCAGUUGCCAGACAGAGAUGCCAAAUUUCCAUGCAGGGUCACUGGUGUACCUCAACCAGAAGUUACUUGGUCGAAAGAUGGAAUUCCUCUACGUGAAACCAGUAAAUUCCACAUCAAACGUGAUGGCGAUAUGUGCUGCUUAUAUGUUAUUGAUUGUAAACCAGAAGAUGCCGGUGUAUACAGAGCGACUGCCAUAAAUAAAGAAGGUCAAGAUGAAUGUACCGGUUCACUGGAGGUGGUCAAAGAAAUAAAAGUACGACAAAAGAUAGAGCCUCCAGUGUUCUUGAAGAGAAUUGGUGACACCGAACUCUUCAAAGGCAUGACAGCGAAGUUCACAGCAUGCGCUUCCGGAAUACCAGAUCCAGAAGUCGAAUGGUAUCAUGAAGGAAAAAAAAUCUUUCCGUCCACUCGUAUCAAGAUGGAGACAGACAUGGCCGGCUUGCUCAGGUUAACGAUCGCUGGGGUUGAUGUUGACGAUCUAGGAAAGUAUACCUGUAAGAUAACCAACGAACAUGGAAGUGACAUAUGUCAUGCAGUACUGAAGUUCGAUGAGAACGAAAUGAAGAGCAAACGUCCAAUGGUAGACCAAUACAUAGAAUAUGACAAAUACAAACGUAGCGGCGCUCCUAUGCCUCUUUCAAACCCACCGAUAAUUUCACAAAUGACUGAUCGCCAUUGCACCCUCUCAUGGAAACCAUCCAUACCGACUGGACCAAGAUUCCCGGUCACCUACCAAUUGGAGAUGUGCGAGUUGCCAAACGGCGACUGGUUCACAGCCAGAACUGGUAUAAGAAGUUGUACUUGUGAGGUCAGGAACUUGGAGCCUUUCAGGGAUUACAAAUUCCGAGUCAGGGUAGAGAACAAAUAUGGAAUUAGUGAUCCUUCACCUUAUGCUAUCACACACAGGGAGAAACUUGAACCUGAACUGCCAAAGUGGCGUCCGUAUCUUCCUCCCGAUGUAGAAUUCAAACCGGACGUUUCUCCCUACUUCCCGAGAGAUUUCGAUAUAGAAAAACCCCCAGUAGAUAACAUGGCCCAAGCCCCGAGAUUCUUAAGGCAGGAGCAUGAUACCCAGUACGGCGUGAAGGACCAGAAUUCUAACCUCUUCUGGUUUGUCUAUGGAUAUCCCAAGCCUAAAGUUUCCUUCUACUUCAACGAUGAACUCAUUGAAUCUGGAGGUCGAUUUGAUUAUAGCUACACGAGAAACGGACAGGCUACACUGUUCAUAAACAAGAUGUUAGAGAGAGAUGUUGGAUGGUAUGAAGCUGUAGCAAGAAACGAACACGGUGAAGCGAGACAAAGAGUAAGAUUGGAAAUAGCAGAAUUGCCAACAUUCUUGAAACGACCAGAGGUGGAGUAUAUAACCCUGAGGGGUAAAGGAAGAUUUGAAGCAAGAAUAGUAGGUGUACCAUAUCCUGAAAUCAAAUGGUACAAAGAUUGGAAACCCCUUGCACCAUCCAGCAGAAUAAAGAUCGCCUUCAACGAACCUGAUACCACUAUCCUGACUAUUUACGAUGUUAUCAUGAAGGAUGAAGGAUUGUAUUCCGUGAGUGCAAGGAAUGUGGCCGGUUCCACAAGUAGCAGCGCAAUGCUCCACAUUGAAGAAAACGACUGGGAAUAUAACAUGAGAAAUUACAACAACCCAUCGCCGAUAAAGAUAAGAAAACGUUUGUACACCGACCUCUACGAUAUUGGGGAUGAAUUGGGUAGAGGAACGCAGGGAAUAACAUAUCACGCUGUAGAAAGGUUGAAUGGAAGAACUUACGCCGCUAAGGUUAUGCAUGGACGUGGUGACCUCCGACCAUUCAUGUACAAAGAAUAUGAAAUGAUGAACGAACUGCAUCACAGGAAACUGAUCGGUCUGAGAGACGCCUACGAGACGGAAGAUUCGAUCACCUUGAUACUUGAAUUAGCCGCAGGUGGAGAAUUGGUAAAGGAUUAUCUGCUGCGACAGGAUUAUUAUACUGAGAGCGAUAUUGCUGGAUUCAUCAGGCAGAUAUUGGGCGGACUUCAUUAUAUGCACGAGAGAGGAUUUGGACAUAUGGGUUUGACCCUUGGUGAUCUCUUGAUAUCCCAUCCUGGAGGCGACGAUCUGAAAAUUUGCGACUUUGGCCUCACAAGAAGAAUCAACAUGGCCCGACUUUACAAUCUCAAAUUCGGAAUGCCAGAAUACGUGAGUCCAGAGUGUGUUAAUGGAGAAGGAGUUAGUAUGGCUCAUGACAUGUGGAGUUUGGGAAUUAUAACUUACAUUUUACUAUCCGGAAGAUCACCAUUUAGAGGUGCGAAUGACAGAGAAACCUUGACCAAUAUAAAAAGUGGAAAAUGGGUAUUCGAAGAAGAAUGGUGGAUAAACAUCAGUUCAGAGGCCAGAGAUUUCAUAACGAGACUCUUGACAUACAGAUGGGAAGAAAGGAUGGACGUUUAUAAGGCCUUGAAACAUCCCUGGUUGGAAAGGGCAGAUAAGACCUACUCAGACGAGUUCAGAAUUAGUUCCAGAUAUCUUAGGGAGUACUGGUCCCUGUAUAGAGAAUGGUAUGACAAUGCCUCCUGCAAGAGGUGGUACAGACGCAGACCGCUCGAAGGAGCAUUCACCCAUCCUUCGAAGAUGGUUUACCCGCCUGGCGAGUCGUACACACCAAGGGCGACUCCACCACCUCAAGAGAAGGUUCCCAGAGCCCGUACCCCAUGGGAAGACCAGAUUCCAUCGAGAUCUCCCCUUAACUACGAGAUCGGCAUGAUCAAAUCAGAAAGCCACUACCAAAACGGCCCAGAUACUUACCUGCUUCAGCUCAGAGAUGUAGAUUUCCCUGUUCGUAUCAGGGAAUAUAUGAAAGUAGCAGCAAACAGAGGUCCAGGAAGUUCUCAUAUUGUAUCUGAUGAGCAUGGCUACGAUUGGAGAACACCAGUAAUCAGAGAAAGGCGUCGUUUCACUGAUGUUAUGGAUGAAGAAAUAGAUGAUGAGAGAAAAGCAAGAAUCAACCGUUACGGUACUGGCGAAAGCAGCUAUUCAAUCAGAAGACUGAAGCACGAAAUAGGUUCACGUCUGGACACGUACGUUGAAGCAGAAGCAUUCAUCGAAAGCAAGCAGGAAGGAAGGCUACCAUUCUUCAGGGAAAAACCACAGUUCAGUGCUAUGCAAGAAGGCAAAGACUUGGAGCUCAGUUGUCUGGCUGUUGGAGAUCCAGCACCAAUCGUGCAGUGGUUUAAAAACGACGCCAUAAUCGCAGAAUCCCAUCGCAUCAAAAUAAUCACGGACGAAAUAGGAAGAUCGCAUCUGAAACUCUGCCCUGCCCUCUCCUUCGACCAAGGGAUGUAUAAGGUGGUCGCGAGGAACAAGAUAGGCCAAACGGUCGCCAGGACGCGCAUCGUGGUCGGUUUAACUCCUGACGAACCGGAUUCUCCUGAAGCUGCCCAAGUGUCAGACACCGAAAUUUUACUGACCUGGAAACAACCCAAGUUCGACGGAAAUUCGCCUGUCUUAUGUUAUCGUUUGGAUUAUAAACUGGCAGAUGACAUGGAAUGGACCAAAAAGGCGGACAAUAUAGAUCACGAGUUUUAUCUGAUGAAGGGACUUCAGCCGAACAAAACUUAUCUUUUCAGGUUGGCGGCAAAGAACGCCAUGGGUUGGAGUGAGCUAGGAGUGACCUCAGCUCCCAUAUCCACUAAAGAUGCAGGAGUUCCUAUGAUACAAUUCAGCAAAGCCAUGCAACAUUUGCAACAGAUGACAGACAGUGGACACGAAGUGAAGGUGGAUCCUAAAACGUACCCCGAUUAUGCUAUCGAAGCAAAACCCAUUGAAUGGCAGUACAAAAAUCCAGAAGAAGAAUACUCCUUCAUUUCUGAGAUGUCAAGGGGAAGAUUUUCAGAAGUAGUGAAGGCGGUCAAUAAGAAAACGGACGAAAUAGUCGUCGCAAAAUUAAUGGACGCUACCAAAGAUCAUCUACCAGAAGUAGAUGGCGAAUUCGCUGCUCUGAGAUCCUUGAGGCACGAACGUAUUGCAAGCCUACUGGCAGCCUACAAAACUGAAGAAACUAAACCAGCAGUCUUCAUUUUGGAAAAACUUCAAGGCGCUGACGUCCUGACCUAUCUUGCCAGUAGACACGAAUACUCGGAGCAAACAGUCACUACAAUUGUUGGACAGAUCUUGGAUGGUCUUCAGUAUCUUCAUUGGAGAGGACUCUGCCAUCUGGACCUACAACCUGAUAACAUUGUUAUGUGCAGUAUCAGAUCAGUUCAAAUAAAAUUGAUCGAUCUAGGAUCUGCUCACAGGGUUACCAAACUGGGUAGUGAAGUCCCUGUAGUUGGCCAUCCACAAUAUAUUUCUCCCGAAGUUCUUAGCGAAGAACCAGCCAUACCUCAGACAGACAUAUGGACCGUAGGUGUUCUCACAUACGUAAUGCUUUCCGGAAAACUUCCCUUCAGUGGUGAAGAUGAAAACGAAACAAGACAAAACAUCCUAUUCGUCAGAUAUCGUUUCGAACACCUCUUCAAAGAAGUUUCACAAGAGGCUACUAGAUUCCUGAUGCUUCUGUUCAAACGUCAUCCAAACAAACGACCUACAGCUGAAGAAUGCCACGAAAACAGAUGGCUACUACCAACCGAUUUCAUGAUCAAAAAACGGGAACGUGCUGUAUUUUUGGGAAAUCGAUUGAAGGAAUACUGUGACGAUUACCACAAUGAAAAAUCGGUGGAAUCCGAAAAACUGAUACAGAAACUUGGGAGCAAGUUCACCAGGUCAUUCAGUAUUCAAGAAGAACUCAUGACAUCUUGAAAAAUUUAAUUUUUUUUGUGAAAUGUAAAUAUUGUUAUAUUUUUUCUCUUGUUAGAAUUUGUUUUUUGUGAAUAUUUUCCUCUAUUAUUCUGUUAUUGAUAUUCUGCUGAAUUCAGUUAUCGAACAGAAGUUAUAAUAGCUUCCGAAUAAAAAUUUUGAAGAAAAAAUACAUUCAAUCUGUAAAUAUAUCAA